UGUGUGGCUGGGAGAGGCCGCAGCUCCUCCCCAGGGCGUGGGGACCUACAGACACCCAAGCCUGGGGGUGUAAGGGGAGAGAAAGGAGCUGCACUCACAGGAUCCUCCGCUAUCUCUGGAAUCAAGCAGCUAGAAGAGCUAACGGUGCCUGAGCUGGUAGCGUAACACAGAUUCAAAAUGGAAGUUUUAGAUAAAACUGUAAAUGGAUAUAUAGACAAUCUGCUAGGACCAAGAGAUCCCAGAGUGAAAGGAUGGCUCUUCCUGGAUAACUAUAUACCCACAUUUAUCUUCACUAAUCUGUAUUUAUUAGUCGUAUGGAUAGGACCAAAGUAUAUGCAGAAUAGACAACCUGUGGCAUGCAGGAGUAUUCUAGUUGUCUAUAACCUGGGACUCACGUUGCUCUCACUUUACAUGUUUUAUGAGCUUGUUACUGGAGUAUGGGAAGGUGGCUACAACUUUUUUUGUCAAGAUACUCACAGUGGUGGUGACGCUGAUAUGAAGAUUACUCGUGUCCUGUGGUGGUAUUACUUCUCUAAACUCAUAGAGUUUAUGGACACGUUCUUUUUCAUUCUUCGGAAGAACAAUCACCAGAUCACUGUGCUCCACGUCUACCAUCAUGCGUCUAUGCUAAAUAUUUGGUGGUUUGUUAUGAACUGGGUUCCUUGUGGACACUCCUACUUCGGUGCCACUCUUAAUAGCUUUAUUCAUGUUCUGAUGUACUCCUACUACGGACUCUCAGCUAUUCCAGCCAUGCGCCCAUAUCUGUGGUGGAAAAAAUACAUCACGCAGUGCCAACUGACUCAGUUUGUGUUGACUAUGACUCAGACUAGCUGUGCUAUGGUUUGGCGCUGCGGAUUCCCCAUGGGAUGGUUAUAUUUCCAGAACUGUUACAUGAUCUCUCUUAUAUCCCUCUUCACCAAUUUUUACAUUAAGUAACAUUUUACUUACAACAGUAGAACAUCUUCUAGAAGGAAAGAGAAAGAUUACCAAAACGGUUCUGCUAAUGUUAUCAACGGGCACACAACCAACUUUUCUUCUAUGGAGAACAAUGUGAAGCAGCGGAAACAAAGAAUGGAUUGAAAGGAAACCAAAAUGCCAUUUCAAUGCGUCACAUGAUACAUCAGAUUGCUUUCAAGCACAGUACAAAGUGUGCACUGACACUCUUACAGCUACUGUAAUUCCUAGUUAAAAUAAUGUGAUUAACAUAGGUCUUAAGCAGCUCCAGUCAUUUUAGAAAUGUUAUACAAACAUUACCAGUAGCUUGUCAGCCUAGCAGCAGUUAAUGUUCAGAGGCAAAUUAAGUUAUUCUAAAGAAAAAAUAAUAUUGUUGAGACUCUCACCACAUUUCUAGCCAUUUAAACAGAAAUAUAUGUUUGUGCAAAUUUUUAUAGGGUUAAAUAAUUUAUCACCAAAAUUCUUGGUGUUUAUUCUGAAACUUUUCAUUUUAGAUACUCUGUUUAUCGGCACAUAGAUUUAAAGUCCCUUUAAAAAAGCAACAACAACAAAAUCUUUUUUAUUUUAAAUUUUAAAAUAAAUAAAACAUUUAAAUGAAUUAUUUAAGAUGUGUUUCAGCUUACAUUUUUGCCAUGCAGUAUAAAAAAGGGCUUUUACAUUGAAGAUACAACCAAUAAGAUACUAGAAAAAAAUCAGAUUUAUCUGAACUUUAGUGAGUGUAUGUUUAAAUACAGGGAAUAGGCAAACAUAUGGGAGUGGUACUUCAUUGUGGCAUCAAAUAAUUUGUGUUUUGAAAGCUUAGCAGCACAACACAGACUUGUACUCUGUCUAAAAUAGUGAGUCUUUUUUUGGAAAAUACUGAACAUUAACUGCUACUUCUGAAAGGUUCUAAAGCUCACAAUGGUCAGCAGUGUGUAACAUUGCAGGCCUCUCUGACACAUAUGGGUUAAAGGUUCCAUAACUGUGUGCUCACAUUGUCCCUGCUAUAGACUGUGGAUACUAAGUAUUAUUGUAGUAUAUAACACUGCUGUUGCCUUACUAGUUCAUAUAGGUGCUGAAUUGCAUUUUAUGGUUUUCAAAACCUGUAACUCAUUUUCUAAAGCUUAAUAUCCAUGCAUUUGUAGGUGUCAUUUGUUUAAUAUGGUUUAAAUGUUUUAAUGAACAUGCCUUAAUAAAUUCACAUACGGAAAGCAGGGCCAAAAUCUUCCUACAGGUUAAAUAAAACCAUCUAAUGGUUAAGUUUCAUGCUAGGAUUUUUUUUUAUUUGUUUAUACAAUUGUUCUGAGGUUAGUGACUGCAACUAUGGUAAAAUUAGCUAAAGUUUUACUUUUUAUUAUUUAACUUGAAUCACUAAAUUUUUGUAACCCGUGAAUAUUUAGUUUUGUUGAAUAAUUGCUUAAGAGUUUUGUCUGAGUGAUUGUAAAGUAAUUGCACUCAAGGGAAGCUUCUGACCUCAAACAGGUAAAUAAAGAUGGUGCUUAGGUUAUUUAUAUGCCAAGAUGACAUUACCAAUUACUGAAAUAUCAUUAUGUACAUCUUGUUAGUUGUGGUCAAUUUAUCUUUGUUGGUACAUAAAAAAUAAAAUCCUGCUGCCACACCACAACCAAGCACCAAAGAUGUUAACCUUUUCCCUCCUGGGCACUGCUGUCACUUUCAGAAUACAGAAGGCAUUGCUUUGUUUUAGUUCAUCAUUAGAGCGUGAUCUCAGUUAAACCCACCUUGAGCGUUUUAUCAAAAAGACCUCAUAUUUUCAUCCGCUGCUGUAUUUUACCAUCAAGCAAUUGUCUUUGUUCAGUAACAAUGUGUUUAGACCUUGUUUUGUUAGCCGCUCAGUGCGGGAGAGUUUGACAGGCUAUUAUUUGAUAGCAACAUGUCUUAGUCACAUCCUGCUAUGAGAAAUUUCAGUAGUUUAUAAUGAAGCCAAGGAUGUUUGUAUGACUGUAAUUUGUAUGUUUACUCUUAAGUUGCCUAACGUCCAUCACUGGCAAUAUCAUUUAUAAAACACAUAUUAUAUGUGUCUGUUAAUAUAUUAAAAAAGUAAAGAAAAUUA